AUGGGGAACCGCAGCGCCGCGGAUGCGGGCGGGCCGGCGGGGCGCGGGCCGGGCGCGGGCCCGGGGCCGGCGGCGGCGCUGGCGGGGAGCGUGCUGCUCAUCGGCGCGGUGCUCGCGGGGAACUCGCUGGUGUGCGUGAGCGUGGCCUCCGAGCGCGCCCUGCAGACGCCCACCAACUACUUUAUCUUGAGCCUGGCGGCCGCCGACCUCCUACUCGCCCUCCUGGUGCUACCGCUCUUCGUCUACUCCGAGGUGCAGGGCGGCGCGUGGCUGCUGAGCCCCGGCCUGUGCGACGCGCUCAUGGCCAUGGACGUGAUGCUGUGCACCGCCUCCAUCUUCAACCUGUGCGCCAUCAGCGUGGACAGGUUCGUGGCCGUGGCCGUGCCGCUAAGCUACAACCGCCAGGGCGGGGGCCGGCGGCAGCUGCUGCUCAUCGGCGCCACGUGGCUGCUGUCGGCGGCGGUGGCGGCGCCCGUGCUGUGCGGCCUCAACGACGUGCGCGGCCGCGACCCCGCCGUGUGCCGCCUGGAGGACCGCGACUACGUGGUCUACUCGUCCCUGUGCUCCUUCUUCCUGCCCUGCCCGCUCAUGCUGCUGCUGUACUGGGCCACCUUCCGCGGCCUGCGGCGCUGGGAGGUGGCCCGUCGCGCCAAGCUGCAUGGCCGGGCGCCCCGCAGGCCCAGCGGCCCGGGCCCCCCGGCCCCCGCGCCGGGCCUGCCCCAGGGACCCUGUGGCCCGGACAGCCAGUCCCCUACGCCCAGCCUGCCCCAGGGACCCUGCGGCCCCGACUGCCAGUCCCCUACGCCCAGCCUGCCCCAGGGACCCUGCGGCCCCGACUGCCAGUCCCCUACGCCGGGCCUGCCCCAGGGAUCCUGCGGCCCCGACUGCCAGUCCCCUACGCCCGGCCUGCCCCAGGAGCCCUGCGCCCCCGACUGCCGGUGCCCCGACUCCAUCUCGGCCGCUGCGACUCCGCCGCAGUCCCGCAGGAAGAGGCGUGCCAAGAUCACCGGCCGGGAGCGCAAGGCCAUGAGGGUCCUGCCGGUGGUGGUCGGGGCCUUCCUGCUGUGCUGGACGCCGUUCUUCGUGGUGCACAUCACGCGGGCGCUGUGCCCCGCCUGCUCCGUGCCCCCGCGGCUGGUCAGCGCCGUCACCUGGCUGGGCUACGUCAACAGCGCCCUCAACCCCGUCAUCUACACCGUCUUCAACGCCGAGUUCCGGAACGUCUUCCGCAAGGCCCUGCGUGCCUGCUGCUGAGCCCCCGCCCGCGGAGGGGCGGUUUUGUACGUCUCAUUAAACAAAUUCCCAACUAAGCGGCUGCGAAGGCUCCGGGGGUGGAGGGGAGGGGCUUCUGCCCAGGGCCCAGGCCCCCCUGCCGCCCGCCAGCAGUGAGCCCCUU